AUGUGUUUGUGGAUCUAGCAGAAAGAGAUAAUGGGGAGAGGAAAGAUUGUCAUAAAAAGGAUUGACAAUUCAACGAGCAGGCAAGUGACUUUCUCCAAGCGAAGAAAUGGGUUGCUCAAGAAGGCCCGGGAGCUUUCCAUCCUUUGCGAUGCAGAGAUUGGACUUAUUGUCUUCUCCAGCACCGGCAGGAUCUACGAUUUUGCGAGCUCUAGCAUGAAAUCUGUUAUUGAACGAUACAACAACCUAAAAGAAGAACACCAUCGGCUACUGGAUCCUGCUUCAGAAGUCAAGUUUUGGCAAAGGGAGGCCGCAAGCUUGAGGCAACAACUGCAGUACUUGCAAGAAUGCAAUAGACAACUAAUGGGCCAAGAUCUUUCUGGUUUGAGUAUCAAAGAUCUACAAAAUUUUGAAAACACACUCGAAAUGAGUUUGAAGGCUAUCCGUAUGAGAAAGGUUUGA